GGGACACAAAAAAUCGCAAAGGUGGUGGUGGGGGGUGGGAAACCAUUCUCGAGUUUGAUUAAAACACGCACGAACGUGAGCAAACACACACAAAAGGACAAGCAAACCAGCACCAGCACCACCACCACCACACAAAAAAAUAUCCUCCAACUUCAUUUCGCUCGGAUUCAAAGUGUCUUGAGAAAAAAAAGUGCUUUUGAAGUACAAACCAUGGAGAUGCAAAGCCUUCAAGAGGCACUGAAAGUAGAAAUCCAGUGUCAUCAGAAACUAGUUGCACAGAUGAAGCAAGAUCCACAGAAGCUUGCAGUAAGAAGUUGUCCUGUUGGGAGCACGAAACCUAUUCCACUCAUCAAGGCACCCAACCAGAGCAUAGCAAUUUCCGUGGUGCCAUCUAAGAAUCCCAUCACCAUGGUAACUGCACACAUUAAUGGACAGAAGGCAACCAGCACAGACCCUCCACAGAUGGCCCCAAUCAACCUCCAAACAACAAACAAACUGGUGGGAAGCAGUUUGAACUCUGUUGGAAGGAGAAUAUCAGAGUCUUCAAACUCGCAGACAUUGGGAACUAUUACAGCAGUGCCCAUUAAGGUCCCCCAAGUCAGCUCAUUGCAGAGGUUGGCAGGCCAAGGACCAGCAGUGCUACCUCAGGUUAGGCCAAAGACCCUGAUUCCAGACAGCCUCCCAGUCACUCUAUGCCGUGACCAGACCUCCAAUCAGCCUCAUACUCUUCAAAAAGCCACUGUAAUCACUAUCAAGAACCCAAGUCCAGCCCUUCCCACUGCCAACAACACUGUCAACCAUGUGCAGACACCAACAGGCCAAUCACAAAAUGUUGCAGAGCCAACAUCAGUCUCCACUCCUAUCAGCAGCGCUGGUGUGGCGUUUGCUAUCAUCUCGGCCUCUCCUAAUCAUGGCAAUUCUGUGAAGAGCAGUGCAGUCUCUUUGACCAGUGACACUAUCAGUGUUCAGCCUCUUCUCCUCAGCACAGACAAGGUACUAAUCAUUCAGCCACAAAGUCUGACACAGGCAGAAAACCUGACAGAAAAAAUGAAACACUCAGCUGAACAUUCUCAGGGACAGCCUUCCACAAAAUCCAAAAGAGAGGACAAUCCUGAGAAACUUGCCUUUAUGGUUUCACUUGGUUUGGUUACUACUGAACACCUGGAAGAAAUCCAGAGCAGACGUCAGGAAAGAAAGAGACGAAGCACAGCCAACCCAACGUACAGCGGAUUGUUUGAGCCAGAGCGCAAACGGAUUGCCACAAGUUACCUGAAUGGUCCUUUGUACAUUUCAACAAGAACCAAUGAGGACCUUUGUUGGAAGGAUGAUAUUCAUGAGGAUUACUGCACAGUUUGCAAACGCAGUGGACAACUGCUCCUCUGUGACACAUGUUCUCGUGUCUAUCAUCUGGACUGCUUGGAACCUCCUCUCAGGACCAUUCCUAAGGGUGUGUGGGUCUGUCCCAGGUGCCAGGAAAAGGUACUAAAGAAAGAAGAUAAUGUGUCAUGGCCUGGGACUUUGGCUAUUGUCCAUUCCUACCUAGCACAUAAAGCAGUGAAAGAAGAGGAGAAGAGGAAGCUGUUAAAGCGAGGUAGUGAGCUAAAGAGUGAACAUGAACAAUUGGAGGAGAAGGACAGACUGCUCAGCAAUGCUGUCACGAAAUGUCUAGAACUGAAAACAAAUCUGAUAGCUAAACAGAGAGGAACUCAGGCCUCCCUGGAACGUGUGAAAACCCUGAUUAGACUGAUGCAGAGUGAACAAGUGAUUCAAGUUACCAUGAUGACAACCACCGCCACCUCCCAGCCCUCCCCUCUCGUCUCCCUCCCAUGGAUGAAACCUUCACCUGCCCCAGGGACCUCUCCAACCACCUUGCAGCAGCAGGCACAAGGGAAGAACUAAUGGAACUGAGAAAAUACACCUUUGCAGGUUUAAUUACCAUUGUUUGGGCUAUUGUUACACGUUUUUAAGUGUGGGAACACAAUAGGAUUUGACAGCUGGUCAGUGCAGUAUGGUACACAGAGAAUGUUGCAGCAAAAAAAAGCACUAAACAGGCAGUUUGUACUAUUACAGCAUUUCGCCACUACUUUUAAAGCUGAAGAGAUUUAAAUUUUUUAUUUUUUUUAUGUUGGCCUUAAUGUUUUGAGUUUGGAUAAAGAAUGUGGCUGCUGGAAGAAAUGUUGUCUUCUCCACAAGAAGUGGGCUUUAUGACUAGCAGAAGGAAACACAAAAAGCCCAUAAACAGCAGAAUACACUGAAGUAAUUUAACAGUUCUGAUAAAGCUGUAACAUAUAAAACUUUUCCCAGUGAAAUGGGGGUUUCAUCUCCUAGUUUUAGGACUAUAUAAUAUUGUAACCAAGUUUCAACAUGCAAAUACUCAGUUAACACAGUGUUGAGGGGCAAAAAAUGGAUUUAUGGAUUUUCAGAGCAUACAAACAAAGUUUAAUUUUUUCAGUAUUAAUAUCGGUGAGAAUCACAGAUAUUUAAAAUAAAAUAUGAGGUUAGCUUUUAAAGUGGGAUGAGAACAGUAUUUUCCUGCUAAUGCCUAAGGAACAUGAUUUAUCAAGUAUUUAAAGGAUAUUAUUACAAAACACUUUCAAGUCCUUCUGACUUACGUUACUGUUAAUGUUUUGUGCAGAACAAUGCUUUUACCAUAGAGCGGGUAUUUUUGGGAA